GUCGCAAUGCGGACGCGGAGCUGUCCACGUACUGCAACAAUUCCCCACAAAAAGGCUCAACGGACCGUUUCGGGUCCCGACCCGGAUGGUAUGAACCGCCUUUCGAAGUUCGCAGCCACCAUCGCCUCCUUCCUCAUUUUCAUGCUCUCCGACUCCCUCAAUCGAUUGAGGAACACGCCAUGAGAUUCUUGCAGUCUCGCAGAGUUAAGAACAACCGUAGGAUCACCGCUCUAGCAGACGGAAUCCUCCAUUGCAAAUGCGUCGGCGAAGGAUCGCUUCCUCGUCCGCCUUCUAGGCCCAUCACCACCAGUUGCAGAGCGGUGUUGUUGCCGCGGUUCGGCGGGCCGGAGGUGUUGGAGCUCCGCGACAAUGUCGAGGUCCCUGAUCUUAAGCAGAAUGAGGUCCUCGUUCGCGCUCGCGCUGUGUCCAUCAAUCCGCUCGAUACUAGGAUGCGUUCUGGUUACGGUCGCUCAAUAUUUGAACCACUUCUACCUCUCAUUUUGGGUCGUGAUAUCAGUGGAGAGGUAGCAGCAGUUGGAGCUUCAGUUCGGUCUUUCACUCUAGGCCAAGAAGUUUUUGGUGCAUUGCAUCCUACUGCUGUUAGGGGUACUUACACUGACUAUGCAAUAUUGUCAGAAGAUGAACUUACUCAAAAACCAAAGUCAAUUACACAUGAGGAAGCGUCCACCAUCCCUUUUGCUGCACUGACUGCAUGGAGAGCUUUAAAAAGUACUGCUAGGAUAAGUGAAGGGCAAAGGGUGCUAGUUAUUGGUGGUGGAGGAGCAGUAGGUUUUGCAGCAAUCCAGCUUGCAGUGGCUAAUGGGUGCCAAGUUGUAACAACUUGUGGCAGUCAAAGCCUUGAUCGAGCUCUGGCAGCUGGCGCUGAGCAGGCUGUUGACUACACAACCGAGGACAUCGAAUUGGCAAUAAAGGGGAAGUUUGACGCGGUUUUAGAUACUAUAGGUAGAUCAGAGACCGAGAGAAUAGGCAUUAAUUUUUUGAAGAGAGGUGGACACUAUAUGACACUCCAGGGGGAGGCAGCAGCAUUGGCUGAUAGAUAUGGAAUAGCCAUUGGGCUCCCUGCAGCUACAGCAUUGUUACUGAAGAAACAAUUUCAGUACCGCUAUUCGCAUGGAAUAGAAUACUUUUGGACAUACAUGAGGGCCGAUUCCGAAGGUUUAGUGGAGAUCCGCAGGCUAUCUGAAGCCGGGAGGAUGCAUAUACCCAUUGAUAAAACAUUCCUAAUCACACAAGUGAGAGAGGCUCACGAGGCUAAAGAUAGAAAGCAAAUUCCCGGUAAAGUGGUGCUGGAAUUCAACUGAAAUGUGUAGCUGAUGCUUCUGGCUAG